UUUUCGGUGUCACUCCCCUCAUAUCUUCCUUUCCCUUCUUCCCACCCUUCUGGAUUGGUUUCACAUAAUUCCAUCCCAACCAAAAACCAGAAUGUCUCAUUCCCUCUCUUUUAACGUCCUCCCUUUUCUUCUUCUUCUUCAUUCCAUGGGGUUUUGAUCCGCUUCCAUAUACAUAUAUUUAAAUAUACCAUCCACUCAUCUAUCCCUCGAUCCAUAUUCUUCAUGGCAUCUUCGCAGGUCGAAUUUUCUUCCUCCUCCUCACCCUUUGGCUGCGUUCUCAGAGACCAUAACCGUCGCCGAGAGCCCAGUGUCACCGCCACCCAUGUUGCUCGUUUUCGCAACAACCUCAAGACUUUGGUUAUGGAUCGCCUCAAUGAUUGCAUCACAAUUACCCCAAAUCAAAAUACCAACCCCGUUCUUACUAAUUUUCCAGUCACCAAAACCAAUCACGACACCAGCACCAAGCGCUCCGAUGACUCUCAACAACACGCUUCCACAAAUGACCCACAAACACAAACCACUUCUACUCCCGCUCCUCCUAUUCCUGAAACAAGUCCGAACAAGAACCAAACCUCGAAGCUUGGAGCAUCUUCUCUUGUCCAGAUAUGGGAGAAGAGGCUAAAUGUUUCCUCCUCCAAUAUUGGUUUGAAUGCGAAUGCGAAUGCGAACACAGCGGUUUGUUCGACCAAGCAAGAGACGGAGGCGGAGCAGGAGCAGGAACAGGCGUGCUCGGUGGAAGCAGGGGAUUUUGAGGACGAGAGGUACGAUGCAGGGCCAGGGAGCGAUGACGGGUUUGCAGAUUGGCAUUCGAGCAGAACAAGUUCCAGUUCUCCGCCGUCUUCCACUCAAAGUCAGAGUUCAGAUGCUGGAGAAAGGGAGAGGGUGCGCGUGGUGGAUAUCAUUCGGAGAUUGACAUUGACGGCUGCAAAGCCUCCACAUUCAUCUUGGGUGGAAGAUCACAACGAUCAACCCAAUGAAUCCUCCUCCUUGCAUCCAACUCUCAUUCCCAAAGACCAAGUGGAGCCCAAAUGUCUUUCUCAUAUUUUAUGCUCUCCACGCAUUAGAGGACGUCAAGCCUUCGCCGAUUUACUCUUGCAAAUCGAGCGGGACAGACAAAGAGAGCUCGACGUAUUGGUAGAGCGUCGAGCCGUUUCAAAAUUCCCCCAACGUGGUCGCAUCCAGUCCCUACUUCGGCUUAAAAUUUUGAAACGUGGAAUGGCAUUAGAAGAUGAACAGAAGCGCCCACAAUUUGUAAUAACGCCUCGUGAGAAUCAUAGAUCUUUUACCAUCAUGCAUCUCAGGGAGAGAUUCAGUGGAGUUGGUGAGAAUGGCGCAAAAAGCCCUCGUGGAGAGAUGCUAAACGAUAAUGAUGAUGAUAAAACCCAGCCAGACACAAAUGCUAAUACUCAUACUCCUCCUCAUGUCAUCAAUACUAAUGAGAAGGAUAAAGAUAAUGAUAACCAACAAGUGGUUGGCAUACAUAGCAACAACACAGACAACGAUCAAAUUAUUGGAGGUUUCAAAGAAGAGCAAAUUGAAAAACAAGAACAAAAACCAGAUCAAGAAUUAGAACCAGAACAAGGAGGAGAAGUAGAUCCUCCAAGUUUAGAGGGCAUUUGGCAAGAUGGGUCUAAAUUGAAUUCGGAUUCACACGACUCAAUGAAUGGAUGGGAAGCAGAAUAUCAGAGUGAGGCAGGAGAAGAGAGUUAUGGUGCAGACUACGUGGGAACCAGUUACGACUGGUUUGCUGAUAUUUCUCGGCCUCGAAGUUAUUGGGAGGAUCGUAGGCAAUCUUGGUAUCAGCAAAUGCUUGACUCUAACUCUGCCAACGAUGAAAUACGUCAACUUAUUCAAAGAAAAACUGUAUCGAAUUUUCUAUCGAGCGACUUCCGUGAAAGAAUGGACAAGUUGAUGGUGACACGAUUAGAGCGACAAACACAACAAGAAGAAGAAUACAAUGAGGUGAAGGAAGAUGAUGAUGUUGAUGAAGAACUGUGGUGUUUCUCAGAAGGACACACUCAACCAAAGAGUAGUGAUAACGAAGAAGAAGACGACGACGAAAGAAGCUUGAUCACUGCUCAAUAUCACGAAGCAAGUGACUAUUUGGAUCAAUCUGCAUCGCCUUUGCAAUUGGCAUCCCCGUCAAUAUUGAGCUCGUGGAGCUACGAUAUGGGUGAAGAUUCUAACAGAGGCACAUCUAUUUCUUCGCCCCAACCUUUACUACCUCAAUUUUCCUCCAACAACAAUCAACACCGCCCUUCCCUCGUAUCAGCAAGUCAUAAUCCUUCUAUUGAAAUGGAACUGAUAUACGAUUUAAGAGGUCACAUGGAGCAAUUGUAUCGGGAGAUGUCGGAACUGAGAAAAUCAAUAAAAUGUUGCAUGGACAUGCAACUCAUGUUGCAACACUCAAUCAAGCGCAGUCAUGAAGUUGGAGGGAGGAAAUCCAAGAAAGACAAAUCAAGAAAGCCCAAAUGUUGUAUUUGCUACAACAUGGAGAUUGACUCACUAUUGUAUAGAUGUGGACACAUGUGUAGCUGUAUGAAAUGCGGAAAGGAAUUGCAAUGGAGAGGAGGAAAGUGUCCAGUUUGCAGAGCUCCGAUAGAGGACGUGGUGCAGGCUUCUUUAUCUGCACAUUCAUAGGAAAGGGAUUAAUAGAGAGCAUAUGGAUAUCGAUGUACGAGUUCUUGCUUCAGAGGACCGUCUUCUUCGUUAUAAUUGUUAUUCCUGUCUUCCAUUUUCACUUUACACACUCUUACACACCCAGCGUAACCUAACCAUCCAUAUCCAUAUCCAUACUCGUCCCAUUUUCAUAAUUCGCUACAAAACAACUACACGCUUCCUCUUUAACCUCCCAUCAUCAUCUCUCUUUUGGCUCUUCCUUUGUUUCACCUUUUCUUUUUCAAUUUCUUUACUUUCAACUGCUUCAUCCUUCAUGCUUUUGUAUCCAAACUGCACAUAACAUCUUAAUUACCCCUACGCAUUUCACUGUAAAUGAUCUUCUACUUUCUAAUGUUUUCUCCUUUUCUACAUACAUAUGCAUGCAUCUUGUUUAUGUAUACGUUUUUUUAGGAGAAAUCUUGUAAUACAACCCCAUUUCAGUGAAACUCUAGUACGCUCUCCCCACCCACUCUUCUCUCAUGGGAACCACUUUACUUUUUUGCAUUUACCUUUUUAAUUUCUCUACCUUAGUUUAGCCCUCAUCUACCAAAUUUGUUACACACUACUUUCAAUCUUAAUCGGUUUUUCAAAACCAACAAGAAAAAAGAAAAACUUUUUUUC